UUGAUUGAGCAAACACCCUGGCUCCCGCCGCUCUGGUACAAAAGCCGCCAUGGUGAAGCCGCCGCCGAAGAUGACGACCAAGGUCCCGUCCAAGGUCAUUGCUCAAGAUCUGCAACAUGCGAUGCAUGUCUUGAGCUCGCCCCACCGCAUCCGGGGCAUGGACCUCAGGUACCGGAAGAUCGGCGACCGAGGUGCAGAGUGCCUGGCUGAAGUGUUGUUGGAGAACAGCAGCCUGCAGAGGCUGGAGCUGGACUUCAAUGGCAUCUCCUCGGGGGGCGCGGCUCGUCUGGCCGAGGUCCUACCGAAGAACUCCACGCUGACGCACUUGUAUCUGUGCCACAACGCCAUCGACGACGAGGGCGCGAUCCACCUGGCGUCGGCCCUCGAAGCGGGCUGUGCGCUGAAUCAGUUGUACCUCUCCGGGAACCGCAUCACCUGCCGUGGUGCGACCGCGACGAUCUUGGCUGCUUUGCAGAAAUCUGGCGCGGUGAUAGAUAUUGACCUCUCCCUUCAGAGCGUGCCAGAGGACUGUAUCCAAGAGAUCAGGGCCGCGUUGCUGGCCAACGUUCAGACGAAGGCGGCGUCCCGAGCGUGAGCGGACCGACUCGGUCCGGGGGCCCGGACCCCGGUUGCGCGGGCCGCGCGGGCGACGCCUCAACGUCUGGACCCCACAUGGAGCGAUGCUUUGGACCUAUCAACGGAUGGGAAACCCCGGUGCCCAGAAAACAGCCACUGCUCGAACUCCGUGGCCGGGGUUGUUGGGGCUGUCUUCAGGAGGCGGAUGACCAAUGCGUUGGACGAAGACGGUGUUCCAUCUGGACAACGCCGAAUCAGUGAGACAUUCUGAGAAUGGAACCACUGAAUCUUGAUGAAGCUGUACACGAACUGAUCAUCUUGUUGCAGAAUAUGUUAUAGAAUAUGAAUAUUGCAAUUUGAUAGAAUCAGAUCAUCUCACACAACCGGCAUCUUUUGCCAGAGCAGCUUGGUGUUUUUUACAGUGUUUGAUUGCUAUAUAGGCUCUAAGCACUUUGAACCCGAUCCGAUGCUCACCCCCCCCGGUCAACGCGUCCCUUUCCGAAAGCCCUUUCGAUUCGAACGCGUCGACGGUCACCGUCGACGCGUCGUCCGGUGGUGCCGGAACGGGUGCGGUGCGGCGAAGAAGACGGUCCAUGGUCUUUGGACCUUUGAUUGGCAAGACACGCUUGAGACUUGAGAACUGUAGAGAUAGAUAGACAGAUACUGGUAG